AUGACGCUCUGGAGGCUGGCCGCCUCAUCCCUCCUGCUAGCCUCGGCCAAUAGCUUCGUGCCGCCACCAGCUUCCACUCCCCAGCAAGUGCCGUCAAGGGCUGCUGCUGCUGCUGCUGCUGCUGCUGCAACAACGCGCAGCGGUUGUUGCAGUCAUGCAAGCCCACCAAGAGCAACAGCGGAUGCAACAUCAUCGGGCACCAUACCUCGCCGUGCCGCGCUCGGCCGCCUAAGCGCCGCGGCCGAAGGGAACGAUGGUCUGGGAGUGGGCGACGACGAUGACGGGUGGGACGGAAACCUCGACGCACUCGACGCUCAGCUGCGGCGUGAGGCUGGACCAACCCAGCAGCAGCAACAGGGACAAGCGGCCGCGCUGGCAGCAGCCGGCUUCGAUGACGGCUUCAGCGCCCUGGAUGACCUGCUUGGCGUGGAGGAUUCUCCUUCUGCUUCGCCCAGGGCGCCCCGGAGUUCAAGGAGCAACGACGUCGACAUCGACCCGUUUGCCAAGCUGGAUUCCCCGGUGAUUACCGACUCCUUGGACGACUUGCUGAGCGAACUCCCAGCCGCACCCGCAGCUGGGAACCAGGCGGCCGCAGGCAGGCGGCCGACAGCAGCAGCAGCAGGAGCAACGCGUACUAGCACGCCUCCAGCACCCUCCUCUUCCUCCGCGAGCGGAACAGCAGCAGUGUCAGAGUCCUGGUUGGACGACCUGUUGGACCUCGACAACGAAAACCUUGAGGUCUCUUCUUCCUCCGGCGGCAAGGCUGCCGCCGCCGCCGCCGCCGGUCCGUCGUCUGCCAGCGGCAUCCUGGAAUCGUUGAUCGACGACGUCACCGGGGGCGGCGGCGGUGGUGGUGACGGCCCCCGCUCUGCUGCCAAAGUCCCAGACCGCCCCGUCACGGGGGACGCGGUGCCGAUUCCCCCGUCCAAUCCGGCCGACACCUCCGCGGCUCUGGACGACUGGCUGAACGACCUCCUCGAAGAGGACAACAAAAACAAGAACAACCAGGAAAGGACAAAAUUGUCAAAGCCCGCGGCACCGUUCCAGCAGGAGCAGCGACUCCGAGCGAGUCUCGAGGACGACCCGUGGGACUUCGCAGCGAAAGAGGGCGACUCCAGCGGCAGCUUCGGCAGCGGCAGCGGCAGCUUCGGCAGCGGCAGCGGCAGCUUCGGCGACGUUGUCACGGGGUCGAACCAGCUGGAAGGCUGGAAGGCCAACACCGUUAGCAGCGCAGACGCUCCCAGGAGAAGCAACGUGAUGGGACGCCGCGCGCGAGGCACCGGCAGCAGCAGCACCAGCGGUAGCCCCGGGGGCGGUGCGGCCGCCGAAGGGACAAGUCGACCAUGGGACCCAGAGAGCGGGAGCGAAGAGGGGGCGGGAGGGCGGUCGAGCGACUGGGGGACGGGGGACGCUUGGAAGAGCAAGGGCGAGAGCGGCGUAAGCUGGUGGGACAAGGACGGCCCCGGCAUGGGGAUGGAGGAAACUACGGGGCGGCGGGGGCAGGGGAAGCGGGAGUUAGACCCCGUUGAGGAGGCGCAAAGGGCGUGCGCCGCGGACCUGAAGAAGCUUGGCCAGCGGGGCCAGUGGGAGGACGCGACGAGAGCGUUGGUCGGAGCGAGGGUGCGCGGAGUGCCCGUGAACGUGUACAUGUACAACAGUGCGAUCAGUGCGGUCAGCAAGGCCGGGCGGUGGAAGGAGGCCAUGUCCAUGAUGAAGCAGAUGGAGAAGGACGGCAUUGCGUUCGACGAGUUCACUUACAGCUCUGUCAUCGUUGCCUGCGGGAGGGGGGGGCAGCCGAGGAAGGCGUUAGAGUUGCUGGACGAGAUGGUCCAAGUGCACGGGAUUGCACCGGACAUGAUAUGCUACGGCGCGGCCAUCCAGGCCUGUGGAGACGCAGGGUUAACAGAAGAGGCGUUGUCGCUGAUGGAUAAGAUGUCACGCGAGGGCCUACUGCCAGACAAGACGGCCUACAAUUCGGCCAUCAUCGCCUGUGGCGAGAAGGGGCAGUGGGAAAAGGCGUUGGACCUUCUCGGAGAAAUGAGGAGUAAGGGGUUGAGACCGGACCAGAACAGCUACCGCUUCGCAAUGCAGGCGUGCUCGACCGGGGGCAGGUGGGAGAGGGCGUUACAGCUGUUGCAUGAGAUGGAGGAAGACGGUUCCACGCCGGACGUGGCCGCGUUUCAGACCGCUCUGGACGCGUUGAAGGACGCCGCCCAGUGGGAGAAGGCGAUGGACCUUAUCUCGGAGAUGGACGAGCUUGGGGUACCGCCGUCGGAGGGGUGCUUUGCUGCGGCAAUAGCGGCCUGUGCGGAGGUGGGCGAGUGGCUUCCGGCGUCCACGGCACGAAAGCUCAUGGGGUACUACGGUCUGCAGCCGGAACUAGAGACGUACAAGUCGAUCAUCAAGGCCUGCCUCGUGGGCAAGGAGUUCAACAUGGCUCUGACGACCCUCUUCGACCUUCAGAAGUCGGGCCGAAGGGCGGACCAGGAGACUUGGGACACGCUGAUCGAAAUUUGCGCCGUGGUGGGGAAGUGGGACGCGGCGCUGGAGAUCUUGCGGGACAUCUUCGCGGAAGAGGUUUGGUUUGACAUGACAGCCAUCCGCUCGAGGUUCUUCGACUGCCCUUCGGAAGACCUGAAGAUGAAAGCUCUCACGAUCAUCGCCAUGGAGGCACGUUCCGCGCCCAGCAUGAAGCGCAAGAAGAUAAACAACAUACGGGCGGCGACCAAAGCGAAAAAGCGAAAACCCAGCUACAAGCAGCCUGCUGAGAAGACUCCCACCAAGAAGAGAAGAAGUAGCGUUAAAAGGGAUAGUACCGCCGGGAGCGGGGAUGUACCGAAGGAACUAGCCGACUUGAGUCUAGAUUAGGAUUUGAUUUUAGAUUUUUAGGGCUGGGUGGGGAGGGGUCGUUUUGUGUACAGCACUUUUGUUUAUUUUUGUGCAGAGAGUUUCUGUUCAUGAGGCGGUCUUGACUGGGACAGUAUUUAUCUUCGGGAGCCUGUUUCGGCGUAUGCAUUCGAUGGAGACAGCAGUGUUGGCCUUGUUGGCCACCCUCAAUGACGUGCGUGUUGAGUCGGGUUGGUUCUCGGGGAACUAGACUAUCUGUCAAGAAACGACUCUAAUUCGUCGCAAAAUGGGUCAGAGAGUUGGUUUUGACUCCAACGACAGGCUGGCACUACGGCAGCGAUCAACAUGAUACAUGGUGCGUCAGGACUCGUAUCAUGGUUGCUACUUCAAAUACGAUGGAGUG